UCACUUCCUCAAGACCAGCCUUUCUGGAACAGAUCAGUUUUUGGUGGGCUGCUGUACAAGGGGUAGACUGGCUCUCUGAGACCUUUCUAGUGGAAGCUGGAGUGACAAAACCAGCGUGCAGAGGAGCUGAGGGAAAUUGGAGAGACUGUAAGUUGACAAAAGGACAGGAACAUUUUGAGGAAGGGUGAAAUAGGAAGAAAUAAGAAGUGAAACAAUAAAGACAAAGAGGAAGAACAGUGCCAGGAGGGCUGGUCCUUGAAACUGCUGCAUGAUGGGAGAAGCCUCUGUUUGGAAAGAGCCAACCUGGGCUUGGUCUUGUCUAUAAGUAUUUUCCACACAGUGCUGAUCACAGCAUGCUUCCUCUUUCAAACUGCAACUGGAGUCUUGAUUCAGUUAAGACACAGAGGAACUGAUGCAAGGAAAGAGACGCUGAGGCAUGGGAUGACAUGGAGACAGAACCAUUUUGGACCUGAAGAUCAGAUAGUGCUUGUGGUAUCCCUCUGUGCUGCUCCUAACCUUUGGAUAAAAGGACAACUCGUGCCAGUGAAAUUUCAGCUCUCCCGUCUCUCUUCAUAAUGUUGACUUCACAAGCUUCAGAGGGUCUGGUAGCUGUACUGAUUGCUGAUGGUGUAUUUUUCCUGCUGCAAGGAACAUACUGGUGACCGGCAGACCAUACUGGGAACCUUACCAUUGAAGGCAGAGUUCUAUACUUCAAAGAGGGUGAAAAUGCCAAAAAGUUGUUCCAGCAGUUCUCCAGCCUGUCCUCCCAUAUCCAAAUCCUGAUGUGAAAUGAAUACAGACUUGCACAAACUCCUUUUUGACAUUUCUGAGGCUUUGGUCACAGAAGAACUGGCAGGUCUGAAGUUCCUCAGCCUGGAUCAUGUCCCCAUGAGGAAGCUGGAAGCCAUCCAGGAGCCCAAGGCCUUCUUCAACGUGCUACAGGAGAAAGGCAUGAUCGAGGUGGGAAACCUGUUCUUCCUGAAGGAGCUGCUUUACCAGAUCAAUCGGAUGGACCUCCUGGCUGCCCAGCUGGGCUCCAGCCGAGAGGAGAUGGAGAGAGAGCUUCGGAUCCCAGGCAGGGCAAAGGUGUCAGCCUACAGGCGACUGCUAUAUGGAAUUGCUGAGGACUUGACUCCAGAUGAUGUCAAGUGUGUGAAGUUCCUGCUCCAAAACCAAAUACCAAAGAACAAGCUCCAGGAUAAUGCUUCCAUGUUGAAGGUCUUACUGGAAAUGGAAAGAAAUGGGAUAAUUACAGAAGAUAACCUGGCAACGCUGAAAGAUGUAUUCAAGAAAUUUAGAGCUGACAUAAAGAAAAAAAUUGAUACCUAUGAAGAAACAAAAAAAGAAUAUGAUUCUAAGGAAGAACUCUACUAUCCAGUGCCUGUGUCUGUGCAUCCAGCAGGACAAGGAGCAGGGGGGAAGACACCACAACAGCUUGUGGAAACAUAUAAGAUGGAAAAUAACCCCCAUGGUUACUGUGUGAUUCUUAACAACCACAGUUUUAAAAAUCCACGUGAAGACAGAGAAGGAACAAUGAAAGAUGGAGAGGCUGUGAAGAGGGUCUUUAAGUGGCUUCAGUUUGAGACAGUUGAGCAUAUGGAUCUAGAAGCAGAGCAAAUGUAUGCGAAAGUUAAAGAAUACAGCAAAAAAGAUCAUAGUAACAUGGACUGUUUUGUUUGCUUCAUUUUUUCCCAUGGUGAAAAAGACAAAAUAAAAGGCGUUGAUCAUGAGUUUGUAAAUAUUAAAGAUUUACUCUCCUGCUUCAGUGGAUCUAAUUGUCCUUCUCUUGCUGGCAAACCCAAGCUGUUUUUCAUCCAGGCUUGCCAAGGCUCUGUAGGUCAUCCAGCUGUCACAGUAAAAGAAGACUUUCCUGGUGAUCUUGAGAAGGAUGCUACCCCUGUGACUUCCAUUCCUGAUCAGGCUGAUAUUCUGGUUGGCAUGGCUACAGUGGAAGACUAUGAGUGCUACCGCUGUACAAAGACUGGCAGUGUUUACAUUCAAUGCCUCUGUGACAAGAUGGAGUUGCUUUGCCCACUCCACAAAGAUGUCCUAACCAUCCUGACAGAAGUGAACAAGGAAGUGGGAAGAAGAGUAUUAAAGGGAUGGAAGCAGAUGCCAAAGAUAACAUCAACGCUGCGGAAGCAAUUGAUCUUCCAAAUUCCACAAUGUUUGUCAACUGAACAGUAGGAAAAUAAGAAUACACUCAGUUAGGAAUCACACCUGGAAUAGGCUUCACAGCGAAGAGAAUUUGCAAAAGAAAUUAUCUGGAUCUGUGUAGGUAGCCCCAGUCCUUCAAGGGGCCAUGGGACCUAAAUUUUCCAAUUCCCAUGUUUAAUCAGUCUCCAGGCACCUGGAUCUGUAGCAGUCUGGUAAGGCCACGGCGGAGUACAGAUCUGGCUUUCUGUCCUGCAGAAGCAGCGGAGUCUGUUCAGCCUGGGUUUCAAGUGAGGAAGCAUUUUAGAAAUGCCAGUGGAAGUCCCAUUUCUGUCCGAGUUGUUUUAAGUCAUGGAAAUCUGAAGAAAAGAACAGAUAGGUUCAGAAUGCUAGAUCCCUUGCCAGGGAACAUGUGUAAGAUUGUAACUGAUUUACAGGGAGGUGAAUCAUUGGCUGUCUCUGGAAGCUGUAUAAUUUUUCAUGGAAAACAACAUCAUUGCAGAAGGACCAAAAAAAGAUUAUUAUGAUAAUACAAGUUUGGUUCUUUUCCUCCAAAUACUUGGUGUGCUUUAUGUUAUUAAUUUACUUGGCUAAACAGCAUUGAUGGUUAGCUUUUUUUAAUAGUAAGGGCUCUAAUUGUGCUUUUUCUCAGAGCUCUUAGGGGACAGUUUGUUUAGAAUGGCUGUCGACUGCUGGAAGGAAGGUUCCACUACAUUAAGUCCGCUCCUAUGAGAUGCUUUCUUCUCCUGGCAACUGACUCUAUCUCCUCUGGACUCCUGUUUCUAUUGUAAUAAAUACUUUUGGUUUUCACAUCA